CUAAAAGAAUCCCCGACACAUUUCCUAAAGGCACGACCCGAAAGCGGCCCCGUGUGUUUACAAACGACAAUGGCGUCCAUCAGCACCAGAGAAAAGCUCCUCUCUCUCAUUGAUGACACGGAAUUGAUAUCAAAGGAACUUUUAGAAAACAGUAUUGCUCCCAAAGCACAGCGACUCUCUGCUCAUGAUCAGGCCCAGCUCAUCGAACUCCUAAUCCAUAAAGACACAGAACUGAAAGAAACUAUAAAGUUGGCCAGUGACCAAGCGAGGAUUGCAGAAAUCAUGGAGACAGUACAAGCAGAAGUGGACAGACAUGACCAGAUGAUUCUGCAACUAGAAAAGCAAUUACAUGAUGCCCAUCAUACCCUAUCAGUGGCAUUAUAUCAGGCAAGACAGAAGCUACAGAGUAUUGCAAGAGCCAACAAAAGACCCGUCAACAGUGAAGAACUUAUAAAAUACGCACACAGAAUCUCUUCCACGUACGCUGUUUCUGCGCCAGACAAUUGGCAGCAGGGUGAUCCUAGAAGACCAUACCCCACAGACUUGGAAAUGCGUGCUGGUUACUUAGGUCAGAACGGGCAGCUUCUCCAUACCCAAUCCCACCUGUCUGACCCAAUGACGAGAGGCCACCACACCGGUAAGUACGAGCCAACUUCAGCAGGCAUUGGAGGAACUUUCAGCUGGCAGCCGUCAGGAGACUUGCAGGUUCACAUGGGAGGCCAUACAGCAGUGGUGGAAAAGAAAGAGCAAGAGGACGUUGAGGUUAUGAGCUCAGAUUCCUCUUCCUCCUCUUCGUCUGAUUCUCAGUGACAACACCAGUCUGGGUGCCAGAUUACCUGAUAUCCAUAUUCAGGACCAUUCCAAAGAUAUCAAGUCUGUUUCGUAUCAUCAUGCAAGGGUGCGACGUGAAGUGCCCCUUGGCCUCAGGAAAAUAACUUCAGGCCGAAGCCAAUAUUACUCUUUAAUAGAGAAAGAGAGCUUUGUGGAGUAUUUGCUAAGUUUGUAAAUAAGACUUUUGUCAUGAUCCAGUCUUCAAAUGUACAUUUUGUUUUUCUAUCUCCUCUCCUCUCCUCUCUUCUUCUCUUUUUUCCUUCCCUUCCCUCUCCCUCUCCUUCUCCUUCUCUCUCUUUUUUCAAGAAAUAAUCAUUUUAAAGAAAUUUGUGUUUCUCUUUAAUUAGUAUGUCUCAGAAUAUAAACAUUGGAAUGAUGUUUCUGAAAAUUCCAUUCUUAUUUGAUUGCAGCUUCUUGCAUAUAUAUUCGGAAUAUUGUUAGAAGUUUGAGGUUUGAUUUUAACACUUGAAUAUCGAAACCAAAAUAAGCUAAUGUGAAAAUUGCUCAUUCUGUUUACUCUGAUCACAGGUACUGUAAAUCUUGGCUUGUAUAAAUAUUCAUUGAGAAUAUUGAUAUUGGAUGUGUGUAGAUAGAGUUCUUGUUAGUUCUUAAGAAAAUUUAAUUGGUACUUCAUCAGUAUAUCUACUGGUUAUGCUCUUGCUUAUAGGAUAAUGUACAAAGACAAGCUAUUAUAUUUGUGAUUAUUCAAAGCAUGUUUGUUUGACAUCAAAUGUUCCUCAACUUAUCCUUUUCAUAUCAGAAUAUGGCAGAGACAGUGUUAUGUAUGUACUUUUAUACAAAGUUUAUUAUAUAGUUUUCUAGCUAAACUUUGCAAGUUUGUGUCAAAUGUAGCAGAUUUCAGGACACAAUCUUCCAUGCACUUUGUUUUUAAAUGGUUUGGUAUCAUUGUGUAAAUAGGGACUAUAUUUUUUCAGAAGUAACUGACAGUGGUGACUGAAUUUUCAGCAAGACAUUUAAAUCUAAUUGAAGUAUUUUUCAUGCCAAGUAACUUUACCUCGUCAAGUAUCAGUUGGUAACGUACAAAAGUAAGUAUUUAAUACAUGUUCAAAUUCUUGAGUCCUGGAGAAAGGCAAUGCUAGAGUAUUAUGAUGAACUUUGUAAAGGAUAUUUUAAGAGAGUAGCUAUCAUGACAAAAUGUCUUCAACAAGUAUAACAGAUUACGUUCAAUCAUAUCUGAAAAGAUACAACAUAGGUAAGUAUUCCGAUGUAGUACAAGGCAACAGUUCAUAACUAUGACAUCAAGGGAUUUUUGUGUAUAUUCACAAAUAAAGUGUACAUAAAACUA